AUGAACAAUAUGAAACCUGUCCACGAAGCGCUCACACUCGGUGUGGCUGCACCUUGUGUAACGUUCGCGCUUUUGAUUUUCCUAUGGACAUACGAAUACGAGGCUCGACCGUUCCUCGUUUAUUUCUUCUUUCUCUUUGUGUUAGUAUUCUGUGCGUUCCUACGAACUUUUCGCGCAGACACACUCAUUCGCAAGGACGGCGUGUUGCUUGAGCGUGACGGUGGCCCGUCGACAGCCCCUUUUCAGAACGCCUCGCGAAACAAAGCGUGGUACUACUUCUAUUCAAAUUUAAAUUAGAGCAGGUAGAACUAGAAGCAAAAUAGGUAAUAACUGUCGUAGCCGUAGCCGUAGUUCCAGAACCACUGCGUCACUAGCACCAGUGCGUGUGCACCGGUGUAGUAGUCCUCGUCGAAUAUUAAGAUGUUGGGGCGGAAUGUAGAGAUACAGAUAGUGAUAGAGGCAGACCUCCAUGAGGGAGCGCACGGUGAAAAUAAUUCCUUUCAAUGAAAAUCGAUAUCUAUCUAGAUACUCCACAUGCAUAUGCAGAAAAAAGAUUGCUAACACCCCCUCAACAGCGCAGGUCGAUAUGGAAUUUGGUUGUCGCUAUCGUCGGCACGUGGUUGGGGCGAUCGAACUUUCAGACGAACAGGCUUCCCUUUCUGCUCACUCGGGAUGGUGCGGUGUACAACAACGUCACGCCGCUAGACUUAAGGAAGGAUUCUGGGACUCUAUCUGAAGAAGAUCUGUUGAAGAUGCGUCUUGAAGGUAGGUAGUGAGUUUGACAAGAGUCGUUGUAAGUUGUAGAUCAGAAAGGAGAAGUUUCAUCUACACGGCAGCUUAAUCGGCGUUUCACAACAUUGACGGAGGACAUGGAUGUCCGGGAAAUGGAGGUAAACAUCUAAUAUCCAAAACAGUGGACAAGCCCGAUGCAGCAAUAGUCCACUUCAACGCGAAGACCACGACAUUGGACGUCGGACUUUUCAGAGCCUACAGGUUAGCGUUAGUAUUUACUAUCAUGAUCAUGAUAAACUCGAACGCUGGGCAUGAAAGUAGUGAAUGGAACGACCUCUCUUCGACGUCGAGAGAAGAGGUUGAGUUUUGAUUAUUUGGUUCGGGGUGAGCAGAUUUCAGCAGGACGAGAAUGGAAAGCUUGCUCCUCGUAAGUCAAGGAGUUCGAAUCAGCAUCUUCGGCAGCAAGAAGCCAGUAGACAGAUGUAGCAAUGCAAGCACAUCGAUCAUGAUCAAGGAGCAACCUAUUUUCGUGCUCAUUGAUUCGUCCAAAUCAACUCUUCUGCACCAGGAAACGAAAUGUAAAUGCUUACUCAUAUGCUUUACUUAGGCACAAAGGGCAGAACUAUUGCGUCGCACCGCUUAGCGCAAGGACAAAAGGCACAGGCGAAAAUCUGGUCGCGCGAUUUUUCGCAGUCGGGGUUGAUUGCUGCGGGUCAAGUUUCGUUGACUGCCUAGCGUAUUCCAGUUAAGGCUAUGGACCUUGUUACAGAUUCAUACAUCUGGCGUCCCUAGCACUAUGGAGAUCAUUCUUGUACGUGUAUUGUAAUCUUAACCAGCAUGUCCAACAAGGGAAAAACUAAAUAAUGAAGGCUACUCCACUUCUACAGGGAUGGACUUUGGUCAGGAGCUCUAAUCAAGUGAAGGCACUCUCACGGAAGAAAACAUCAAUAAAGAAGAGGUCCCCAAGGCAGGCGUGGUGGUCCCGCAGAUCGAUUUUCCGGCACAAGAUGACAGUAUUUGUUAAGUACAUGUCUACAACUUCACCUUCACGCAAGAGUUCAAAUAAUUUAGAACGUGUUACUACAAAACCACUAACCCUCUAGUUAUUGAAGUAAGUAGAUGCUCAUGCUCAUGAAGUAGAGUUUCUUCGCGAACGCCAAGGCCUGCAGUGUAAAAUUGUUACUACAAGAAGAAAAAUGGAGAUUCGUAGUCGUGGUUCGUUUCUGUUUGAUUUUUUUUUCAUCAUCAUUCUCCAACGAAUUUUGCAUGUUAUUGAUGUUGAUCUAGUACACGAUCAUGUUAUUCAAGGAUCGAAAUUGUAUCUUUGGAUUCCAUCGAGAAUUUAUAAUUGAUCUAAGUGCGCCUCACUGAUUUACUUACCCAGGACCUUUAUCGGGCACAAGCGAGGAGUUGGCCUUCUCAUAUUCCGGAAGCGGAUGGGGAGACAACACGAGAAGUGAGCUGAGUCUUCUAUUUGAUCCUCAGACGACAAUGGCGGAAACGACUUUUUACAACAAGGCAGCCAGGAGUUGCGCCGCGUAUUACGGGCUGAAACUAGGUCAGAACCCGAUCUUUUUGCACCUCACUCGCGAUGCAGAGAAAUUUCAGCGAGGGAGAGACACUUCAACGUUCGGGAUGUGCAUCUUGAGUAUCGGUCUUGGCUGGCCCAGCAUCCUGUUGGGGGGCAUUGUGAUCACCAACAUCUAUAGCAGGAGACAACGGGCGUCGCAGUAA